GUUACUUUAGGAUGAUAUCCAGCCUCUUUGACUCCUUUGUCCAAAGCUUGAUCCUCGUUACCUUCAUUCUUAUGCAGAAGAGUUAAACUUUGGCAUAAGGUAGGAUGGCUCCGUGCGUAGUUCAUGCCUCAAGCACAAAUCACCUAUGCAUUAGGGGGCAUGUUAGAUAAAAGCAAUUCGUGUAUUAAACAAAGACCAACGACUUCAUCUUUUGGAAUUAUUGGUUCAUGACUGUUUUAUUUAUGUUAGAACUUUCAAUCAUUUUAAAGCAAAAAUAAAAUGAAAUAUUCUUUGUGGUAUUUGUCAUGAAUUCCUGCAGGAUAGUGGGGAUCAGUUGUUGGAAAAUGGUGCAUCAGGAAACAGUAGCAUUGGGACUUUCCUUGGUUGGGCAAUGACAUUCCGAUAUUUGAGUGGAAGGAUGCCUCAAAUUUGGUUAAAUAUCAGAAGGGGACAUGCGGAGGGCCUGAAUCCUUUGAUGUUUCUCUUUGCUAUAAUUGGGAAUGCCACUUAUGUUGCAAGCAUACUUGUGAGCAGCUUGAAUUGGUCAACAAUCAGACCCAAUCUACCAUGGCUGGUAGAUGCAGGAGGAUGCGUCCUUCUUGAUUUUUUUAUUUUGAUGCAGUUUUUAUAUUUUCGCUGCCGAACCUCCCCAGACCUAUAAAUAAAUAUAAAACAUCAUACUGCUUAUUGAGCAGGAAACAAGGAUAUUCAGGUUCCGUACUCUCUCCUGUAUGUAUGUAUGUACAUGUGCUUCUGUGACAUGUUAUGAUAUGUAUGUACAUGUGCUUCUGUGACAUGUUAUGAUGUGUUUAUCAGUGUAUUCAUACCAUGUAUUGGCGUAGAGGCUGCUAAGACUAAUUGCUCAUGAAACAGAAUAUACACAUAUUACUUUGAA